AUGACAGAGAAGGACGCCCGAGUGGUCUCUUUGGUCCUUCAGGCCUCUCGUUGUCUACCUUGGCGAUGUAUUUCUUCCAUCGGGAUAUCCUCAGAGCGAGUCGGCGUCGGCAAUGCGGAUGCCUCCCCAACUUCUGCUCUACUACUGCACAUCUUGCAAGAUACAUCUGGACGCAUUGCCACGAUUCUGUUCGCCCACCGCGUCAGCACAGCCCUGGAGCCCGAAUGCAAAACCUACCGACUCGCCGCGGACGUCUUCAAUGAUCUCGCAAUGGUCCUAGACUGUCUUUCGCCCAUGGUGCCCGCUGGCUUCAUGCGUGUUACCGCGGGUGUUCUUCGUGCCCUUUGCGGUGUUGCAGGAGGUAGUUCCAAGGCUAGUCUGAGCGCCCACUUUGCCAGAUGGGGAAAUUUGGCAGAACUCAAUGCAAAGGACUCGUCUCAGGAGACUGUCAUCUCGUUGAUAGGGAUGCUGGUUGGUUCCGUUGUUGUGUCGCACGUUACAGGGUUCACGUCCACCUGGAUCGCGCUUCUUUGCUUACUCGGUCUACAUCUUGGCAUGAACUAUGCUGCCGUCCGCUCCGUACAAAUGACAAGUCUCAACCGACAACGCGCCAACAUCGUCUUUUCUGCUCUCUUUGAAUCCGACUCCAAAUUGAAUCAGUCGAUAGGCAGGACUCGUUCAUUGCGUCAUGUAUCAACUGGCUUGGACCCCGCUAUCAAGUUCAGCCCUUCUCGACACAUAUCUCAAUCCUCGAAUUCCCCGAUAUUCCUCACGCCCGCACAAGCUGCCUCGCAAGAAUACAUUUUCCCGCGUCAGGACACACUGACAUGGACAUCCCCUUUCGGUAGACAUGCCUCGGGAGCGCCGACAUCGGUCUCUCCCUUUGAAUGCUUUCUCAAACAAGCCCGAAGACACGCUUCAUCUUUGACAACCCCGACCACAAACCAAUCGCCCUCCUCCUUUCACACCACCGUGCCAAUGAUCCAACUAGCAGAGCUAUACGCAGACGAGAAAUACCUCAUCUACUUAUUUCCCCGCACGAAACGAUCUCCUCCCUCAACCCAGACAUGGCACGCAUCGAUCCUACUAAAGAAGGACUGCACCAUCCCUGACCAGCUGAAGGCCUGGGCCCACGCACUUCUCGCGGCCCGUGUCUUGAACAUGGACUGUGAGAAAGGCCGUUUUCCAGGAGGGUACGGGGCUGAGAAGAGCACUGUGUCUGUGUCUGUGUCGAACACCACUGACUUGGUCAUGAGUUGUAUGGCUGAUACUUUGAGCGUGUUGAACGAGGGUGGUCGGUUUGGCGAAUAUCUGGACGUCAUGCGAGCGAAUGGGUGGGACGUGGAUAUCGGGGCCUUGGAGACGAGAGGGGGAGAAGAGUUGAAUGUGCGUGAAUGA